UCAGGAUAGGGCAAGCUGAUGUUCGGAAUAUCAAAGGUAUCGAUUGUUCAGCCACCGAACACUAUUUAACAUUGAUAAAUACGCGUACUUUGUUUAACUCUACGAAUAGCUUUAAGCGAAGACCGAACGAAGGCGACAUUUUUUUAGAGUAACCUUCAUUGACAAGUUAGUAUUCAAGAUGAUAUCAGAACUCCCACAGUAAAUGUAUUAAUCCAUUUUCAAACGCCAAAUCGAAACGUGUGCCAUAUUAGUAAUAGGAUUAGCGUACAGCUUUUUUUUUGGGCAAUCGAUUUCUUAAAUUGUACGGCUCGAGGAUCAGACGAAGCCGCAAUGGAGCUCACACUCUACGGCAUAAUACGAGUAUGCAUCUGGCUGGUUUCACUCAGUGGCUUCAUGUACCAGGUGUCAACCAUAUUAAAGAUGUAUUGUCUCUACCCAUUUACUGUCACCGUCGUCGAGCAAUUGCAGAAAGGCAUUCUGUUUCCGGCCGUAACCAUCUGCUCCGAGAACUGGAUCAAUCGUUCCCGUUUGUGCGCCGCAGUUCCUCAUGCUUGCGUCGAUGGUUCUCAAAAUGUCGGUGACAACAAUUUUAGGAUCGAGUACGAUUUCGACUUGCAAAAAGACGUUGCUUUAAAACCGAAUGAGGUGAUGGAGUGUUACAUGCGAUCGAACGAUCCUACUUGUCCAGCGUUUACCUGCUUUGAAGCGCUAAGGCGUUCCUAUUAUCGUCAUCCAGGACAUAUGUGUUACACGCUUGAUUUACUAAUCACAGACCACCGCAGAGACGCCUACCUCGCCUGCAGAUCUCCUUGGACCUUGGAGUUGACAUUGAACGUAAUCUGGAGUCCAGAGAAGACCAUGAGCCUGCAAAAAGAAAACAGUUACCCUAUACUCAUUCAUCGACCAGAAACGACCCCUCCAGAUAAGCUUGCUUCACUAAUCGCUGAGGCGGGUAUGCUCUACGUCCUGUCGGUGACACAGCAGGUUACAAAGCGCCUACCUCCUCCGUAUGCGUCAGGGUGCAGUGAUUACCUGAAAGAGGGCGCUGCCCUGGAAAUGGGCGGAUAUCAAAGCCAAGAUACCUGCAUCCAAAAGUGCCGCAUGCAAUUGGAACAUCGUUUCUGUGGAUGCGUUAGUCCUCUAUAUGAAUAUUCAGCAUAUUUUGGAAAACCAGCUUGCGCUCGUGUUCACAAUGAGAAAUGUCAGAAUGAACUCGAGAAAAACAAUACCUUCAUCGUCUGCAGCAAGCGCUGCCGCGCGCCCUGCGACGAAACAACGUAUGACGUUCGGUUGACGGGGAUGUCACUAAUUCCCGACAGCACCAAUGUCGGUUUGAAUAAACUUUUCAUCAAGGUAAAGUUUUCUUCAGACACACAGAAGAUUUUCCUCUAUCAACCAAAACUAUCGAUCGUAGAAGUGUUUGGAUAUAUGGGGGGAUACCUCGGUAUGUGGUUAGGUUUUUCACUCUUCUCCAUUCUAUCCGGCUUAGAAGACAAGUUCGAACGAUUCCUUAUUCGACGGGCACACGCACUUAAGAAAACCCCAGCACCGGUGCGUUUUAAUUCGACAAAACAACGGAUCAAUGACCACAAGCCGCGCGGAACUUUCGAAAAGCGAGUCACGGUCAAGGAUUUGGUUACAUCAGAUUCAUCUUUAUUGUUCUGCAGUAAGUGCUGGAUUCUGGCCCUGGUCAAGCAAUAAUGAAUGACGCCCUUAGUUUAUCGCGUUGACUGCCUUUCAGACACAACACUCAUUGGAUCCGGCGGGAGUUCACAGUAUUAACUCAGCAACAAAUCGGAACUCUUACGGAUAUAAGAAUAUACGAUAAAUUAAAAAAACUUCGACCGAUGCUAUGUAGAAACCUUAAAGGAGAUACAGGCCGAAUUGUACCACGAUCCUGUAACCUGUAGCCACGUGCAACUGUCAAAAAUAACACCAUAGUAUCUGCGAGACAAAUGUAUAUCUAACAUCAAUCCAUACGUUACUAAACGUCGUUAACAAAGACUCGAUAAGAUUUCCGAAGCGAUAUAUUUAUUGCGAGCAGAUGGUUGUAUCGCUUUUACUCCGUUUAUUUGCCUACUUCGGGGCGGCAUUAGUCUCGUAUGAAUUUUUAGCAACCUAUUCAUCGAUGUGACCAUUGGGGGGUUGUCGAUCUAUCAGAACAAUUAUUUGCGUACAAAUUUGAAAGCUUUUUGGUUUUUUAAACACAUCUUACAUAUAUCUCCAUAGGUUUACUCUCCACGACCAUUCUUCAUGGGCAACUCUAGCGUCGUCGUUAUUGCCAUUUGGUUGAUUUUAUGACUGUUUGCCCAAAGAUUUUCACACGGCGUGUUCAUUUUCAUCAUGUUGUUAUCACUUUUAUUGACCGAAAAAGUCCCCUUUGACAAUAGUGCGUAUAAUCCUUUGCUAAUAUCCCAUCAAAUUUACUCGUUCUAAAUAGGAAAAAAUUUUUUUUGUAUUAUAGGUAUCAAUCGUCUUCUUUUUGUGAGUUAUACUGUCAUGCUUUGUUUCCUUGGUGCAUUUAUCGCUCUGUCGGUCACGGCUCAAAUCUGCUUCGUUACAACCUUUGUUACAAAAGCUAUUAUAUGUUGUCUAUAAUUUCUCCAAACAUGGUUUUAAUUGAACUUUACAGGAAGACAAAAACGCAGGCUGUUCGACAAUUUGGGACCAUGUCUCAUUCAUUUAUGAAUGUCUAUACUUACGCACAACUUCCUACGGACAAUACGUAAUUUCUACUAUGCGUUAAAUCUAUAUAAACUCUUCUACAUUGUGAUAUUUUUACUGAAAUAGCGUCGUUCCGUAAUUUGUAUGUAUUACAAUCAUAAAUUUGAGUCGAUAUAAUUGUCUAUAUAGCAAUUACGCGACAGAGGCAAGUUCGUCAAAAAUCUUCAUUCUUUACUCGUUCGCAGAUUUAUACCUAUCACUAAUAUUUGAACUGACAAAUUUGUUAAUGUUCUCUAUUAUUGUACGUACAUAUUAAGACGAAGUGUUGCCUAAAUUAUCUAGAUAAAAAAAAAGUGGAUUGUCCCAAUCGGCAGAAAAAAGCUAUAUUAAUUGUAGAUGAGCUUAAACUCAUUUCAAGUUAUGCGGUAAAAAGCUCACAGAAUAAUAAAUUUAACCAUCAUCUAAAAAAUUGAAAGGCUGAAAAAAUAUCCAUUUAUUGGAGACCAUGCUAGGCAACGUAAUA